AAAAAAUACUCGGGAGGCGGAGCGAGAAGCUGACGGGGGAAUUCUGGGAGUUGAAGUCCCAGAAGGCGGAAGGCAGCGCGCGAGAUCGGCGGAGAGGCGGGACUUAGGGUUGCUCCGCCCCCCUCUUAUUCGCCUGCGGGGAGGGGGGGAUCGCCGUGCGCGCUCUCGUGGCCGGAGAGGCGUCGGGGGCGCGCGCAGCAGCAGCAUCGGCUAUGGAGGCGGCGGCGGCGGCGGAGGUUUCCCCGGAGCGGCUGGCGGAGGCGGAGGCUCUGCUGGCGCAGCGGGUGUCGGAGCCGGUGCGGGCGCGCUGGCGCUGGGAGGUCAACCUGGGCCAGCCGAACCUGCAGCGGUUCCGGGCGCAGCUGAGCGAGGCGCGGCGAGGCAGGGACGCCCUGCUGGCCCGGGACGCGGCGCUCUCGGAGCCGGAGCAGCAGCGCCUGCAGGGCUUCCUCAGGCUGGAGAUCGCGCUGCUCCGGUGGUUCCAGGCGCGCGGAGAGCGCGAGGCGGCCCGGCGGGCGCGGCGGAGGAAGCCCGGCGGAGGAUCGGCGGCGGCGGCGGCGGCGAAGGAGGAGGCGGCGCCGAGCGAGGACAAAGAGCCGCCGCCGCCACCGGUCGAGCCAGCAGCCGCGGGUGCAGCGGCGGCCUCGGCGGAGAAGGUGUCGGCUCUGCGGGAGGCGCUGCUGGGCGUGGUGGCGGAGCUGGAGGCGGGCGAGGGCCGGGGGCGGCCGGUGCGCGCGGCGCGGGGGCUGGAGGCGGCCCUGGCGGCGUUCCUGGACGACCGGCUGUGGGAGAGCCUGCGGGAGCUGAGCCGGGCGGUGCGGAAGGAAGGGCGCGGCCGGGCCCGGCAGCUGCUGGCCCUGCGGGAGGCGCUGGAGGAGGAAGGCUGGGCGGAGAGCGCGGAGGCGCUGCGGAGGGAGCUGCAGGGGCUGCGGGCCGGCCUGCGGGAGGCGCCGCUGGAAGGGCUGCAGCCGGUGCUGGAAAAGGCCGAGGCGCUGCUGCGCAAGACGGACUGCUGGGAGGUGGCCUGCCUGGAGAAGGGCUUGUGGGCCGGGCCGCUGGAGGAGGCCGAAGACGCCCGGAGAGAAGCCGGAGCCUUCCGCCAGGCCCUCCGGCAGCUGCCCCUGGGGCAGGGGGAAGCCGUCCUGCGGAGAGCCGCCCGGGAGGCGCCCGUGAAGGAGGCCCACCUCCUGUGGGAGAAAGCGGCCGCCCUGGAGACGCAGGCGCUGGCCUUCUGGACGGACACGCUGAAGCGGGCAGAGGAGCUGCUGGCCCGUGUGGACGCCCUCAGGAGGGCCCUGCAGAACUCCUCCCUGAAGGAAGCCCUCUGGGAGAAGGUGGAGGAGCUGCGGGACGCCUUGCGGGAAACCACCAGGGAGAAGGUCGGCCGCCUGCCCUCGGACGCCUGGGGCAAGAGCCCCCGGGAGAUGUGCAGCCGUCUCCAUCGGCUCUGCCGGGAUUGGCUGCAGCCAGAGAAGAAGACCAAGGCGCAGGUGCUGGACCUGGUCAUCCUGGAGCAGCUGCUGGCCGUGCUCCCUGCCGAGACGGCCAGUUGGGUGCGGGAGUGCGGUGCGGAGACCAGCGCCCAGGCGGUGGCCCUGGCCGAGGGGUUCCUGCUGAGCCAGGCGGAGAAGAAGCAGCAGGAAGAGCUGCAGGCACGUCGGGUGCCGCAGCCCUUUGGGGAGGAGGCCGUCCCCAGGCACCCUAAACGGAGGAAAGACCCGUCAGAUGCCUCUCAAGAACUGCCUUUCAGGGGGAUUCCCCAAGAAGAUCCAAGCUGGGGCACCUCAGGAGGGUCCUCACCUUUUCCUGGUGGAACUGAAAGAGUGGCUGAGCCUCCAGUUCAGGGUCUUGUCUCUUUUGAGGAGGUGGCUGUGUGUUUCUCCAAGGAAGAGUGGGCUCGGCUGGAUCCCCCCCAAAAAGCCCUCCACGGGGAAGUCAUGAGGGAGAACCUGAGGAAUGUGACCUCUCUGGGGUCUGUUGGGCAAGAGAACAUGUGCUAUAGGCAAAUAUUAGAAGCUCUCAGACGCAAAGAAGGAAGAGACCAAGCGGAGCUAAAAAGUCACGAGAGAAACCAGUCAAAGGAUGGAAGCAGAAAGUUUUCUUUUCAGUGCGGCGAAAUUCAAGCCUUGGACAUUCCCAAAGGAAAAAGGGCAAAGGGUUUUGGGAAAAGUGUGAAAACAUUCAGAGAAAAAUUAGAUUUAAAUGACCAUGAUCACACUACAGACGAAGAGGAUCAGAACAGGGAAGAUGAAAAAAGUUACAGCUGGACUUUCAUUCUUUCUUUGCGGGAUAGAAUCAACAUGGGGGAGAAACCCUACAAAUGUCGAGAGUGUGGGAAGAACUUCCGGAGCAGCAGCCAGGUUACUUCCCACAGGAGGAUCCACACGGGGGAGAAACCCUAUAAGUGCCUGGAGUGUGGGAAGAGCUUCACCUGGAGCAACGACCUGACCUGCCAUAAAAGGAUCCACACGGGGGAAAAACUCUACAAGUGUUCUGAGUGCGGGAGGAGCUUCAGGAGGAACAGCCAGCUUGCUUACCAUAAAAGACUCCACGCGGGAGAAAAACCGUACAAGUGCAUGGAGUGUGGAAAGAACUUCCUGUGGAGCUAUCAGCUUACUUCCCACAAAAUGAUCCACACAGGAGAGAAACCCUAUAAAUGCCCGGAGUGUGGGAAGAGCUUCAGGAGGAGCAGCGAACUGACUUCCCACAGAAGGAUCCACACUGGUGAGAGGCCUUAUAAAUGUAUGGAGUGUGGAAGGGGCUUCAGGGGAAGCAGUGAACUGACCUCCCACAGGAGGGUCCACACAGGAGAAAAACCUUAUAAAUGCGUAGAAUGCGGGAGGACCUUCAGGAGGAAUAGCCAGCUUACUUACCAUAAAAGACUGCACUCGGGAGAGAAACCAUACAAAUGUAUGGAGUGCGGAAAGAACUUCUUCUGGAGCUAUCAGCUCGCUUCUCAUAAAAUGAUCCACACGGGAGAGAAGCCAUAUAAAUGCCUGGUGUGUGGGAAAAGCUUCAGAGGCAGCCGUGAGCUUUCUUCCCAUAAAAGGAUCCACGCAUUGGAAGAAUUACACAAAUGUUUGGAAUGUGGAAAGGCCUUCAGGAGCAGCGCUGAGCUCACUUCCCAUAGCAAAAUCCACCCAGGGGAGAGACCGUACACAUGUACAGAGUGCGGGAAAAGCUUCUCUUGGAAUUCUCAGCUUACUUCCCACAAAAGGAUUCACUCUGGUGAGAAUCCGUAUGAAUGUGCAGAGUGUGGGGAAAGUUUCGGGGAAAGUAGUGAACUUAUUUCCCAUAAAAGGAUCCACUUAGACGAGAGACCGUAUAAAUGUAUGAAAUGCUCAAAGAGCUUCAGAAGGAACAGCCAGCUUGCCUGCCAUAAGAGAAUCCACACAGGGGAAAAGCCAUUUAAGUGUGCAGAAUGCGGGAAAAGCUUCCGUCAAAACAGCCACCUCCUUUCCCAUAAAAACAUCCAUACGGGGGAGAAGCACUAUCAAUGCAUGGAAUGUGGGAAGACCUUCAAGAGGAGCAGUGAACUCACUUCCCAUGAAAGGAUCCACAUGGGGGAGAAGCCAUAGGAAUGAAUGGGUGUUUAGCAAGAGCAGCACCCUUGCUUCACAUGAAGGAUUCAGCCGGGGGGGGGGGGGGACCCUUAUAAAUGUGUGGACUGCAGGGAGAGCUUCAGUGAAACAGGCGGCUUCCUUCCCAUGCAAACAUCCACUCUAGUGGGAUUUCCUAGACUGGACUUAUCUGAUUCUGUUUAUGUACACCUUGUCUUUUUGGUAUGAACAAAAAAUAAUAAUUAUCUGAGUCAGGAAUCCUGGCUGUCUUAAGCCUGAUUUUUGCUAAAACCUGAAACCUACACCCACAAGAGAGAAGGAAUUUACUGGGGAAGAUUUCUAACAAAAGGGGUAGCCAGUUUAUAUAAGAUGAAUCGGCUUUGGAUGGGCUUUUGCCAUGUUAAUGUGUAAACACUGUUGCAAACCCCCCC